ACACUGGUACGAGUACGGAUGACAAAAUGUGAACAAACCAGACCGGCAAACCGAAAACCGCGGGCACAUCUUUCCAUGUGUCAGGGCGCGGUGCAUUUUUAUUAGCCUGUGCCGUCGCCAUUUGCUUAUGCACAUCAGAUCAGUUUCACGUCGACUGCAUCGCAUCCUGUGAAGAGUCUCCUGCAAUUUGGGAACGGUGUUCUUACAGUCAACUGUCACCUUCUACGUUACUUCAUUCAUAAUUUUCUACCUUUUCUCCGAACUACACACAUCAUGGAAAUCCAAGGUUAUGUAUUGGAAAGCAUAUCGAAACUACGAUGCCUAUCCAUUACGGAAGUUGUACUGGGCACACUGGCGGUUCUUGGAGCAAUCUCAAACAUCUUUAAGGCCACAAGCGCCCAGUUAGCCAGCUGUAUCGGCAGUUUGGCCAUCUGUAUCCUGUUUCUGGCCACCGGCGUCUACGGUGUGAUCACCAUUAAACGCCUCCGACAGGGCAUCGUGGACGGCAACGCCUUCCGCAUCCUGGGCAUCCUCAACAUCAUCCUGUGCGUCUUGUUUGCCGUUAGCCUGAUAUACUUCAUCGUAGUGGGCAUUAUGCUGGCCGCUGCUCCAUCCGUAGCCGCUCAGAUGAUGUCGGCAGCCGGCAUGUCGGGCGCAACGCAAGAGCACCAGCAGUAUGACGAGGGCAUGCAACAUCUCGUCACGAUCGUGACCACCAUUAUUGUGGUAUUUGUGGUUGUCGGCAUCAUUAUCGCGUCGCUGUUCAUUCUGAUGGCGGCCAUGGCGGCCAAGAUCAGCCGGCGCAAUGCGGCCAUCAUUGAGGCCGGUGCGAGGGGAGCAGUUGCGGGCUAUCCCAUGGCGCCACCUGGAUACACGCAGUACUCCGUGGUCAAGACGGAGCAUCCAUAAAGGGAACACAUUUAUAUACGAGGUUCACGAAGGAAAUGGAUUCUGAACACCAUACAGCGAUUUUAAACAAACACCGUCGCUCAUUACCUUCUGGUCCGGCUCGGCAAUGUGUUUUCGUUAUCGCACAAGACUCAUUACAUCGCUGCCGACACAGCAGUCGGAAUACAUAGAAUUUACAUAAUGUUGCAGAUUUUAUGAUUUUCUUCCUUUUAUUAUGUCAAGUUAUCCAGAAAAUAGUAUUUCCUAUUUUGUGCUGGUUUUUUAUAGUAUGUUGUUAUGUAAUUCGGGACGUGGGAAUUGUAUAUUUAUGGGACACAAAUAUAAAUAUGCAAACCCAGAUAAGCACUUUUGUUCACGUCACAACGACCUCCCCUUUACGGCAGUUGGUCCAUUUUGCGUGACGCAAAUAUGCAGAACUUGCAUAUCCCGCCCAGAAUAAGCAAAAUAAAGAAACUACUCCAGAGUAGUUUUUUUGAGAUGGCAACUCAAAUAAGCAGCUUAUUUGAACGUACAUCGUACAGAAAUGUGUUAAGAUCAGGAGGCUUAUCAGCAGGUUCCUCACGUUUUCCGUGAUGUUCCUUUCGCAUACUAGUGCUGUUAUGUUUGAAAUAGUUUUGUUUAGCACCUAACCAUAAGUACGGUAGUCUGUAACUCCGUCUUGUUUCUGAACUAAUCAUGUUCUGCUCUUCGUCUCCGAGCCAUCAGUUGUGAUCAGUACCUGAACCUGUGCCUGUUCCUACCCUGUUCCUACGGUGAUCACAGUUCGGUCUGAAGAAAAUACAUAAACUGGUCGAAACAUAAAGACCAAGUUUUAGUUAAAUGGCGGCAGAGCAGCUGAUUUUGGUAGAUGGAAGUCAUUUAAAUUUGGUAAACAUCACGAGGCAGGGAUUGGUUCUAAAAGCGACGGAGAGAAACCCACUGCCGUGGCCCGCAUAAUUGCUCGAAUUUGAGAUUUUGACAAACGAAAAAACUAAAAGAGCUGUAGUUUUCACACAUUUUAAUUAACAUUUUAAUUUAUUAAUACCGUGCUUGAAGGGAGCUACAUUAAAUGCGUUGGGAAGAUUUUUGUUACAGACCGCAGUAAUAUGCUUACAAGCUACAGUAAAGUAAAAUGCAGUUUUGAAAAAGGAUCACAAAGCUAGAAAGUGCGCAUAAAUUACGCAACGAAGAUGGGCAACGGUUUAUUGGCUGGUUCCGUUUUGCCUGUGACGUGGACAAAAGUGCUUUUCUUGGUUUGCAUAUUUAUAUUUGUGUCCCAUAAUUGUGUGUUUUUGGUCGUUGAUGUUUCGCAGUUGUUAAGUGGGUUGGUAUUAAUUGGUAAUACGAUGUAUUAUAUUAUGGCUCCAGUCUUGAACGUUGGCUUGCGUUCUCGCUUUCUUCGUUCAGUGAUUCGUUCAUUUGUAUGGCCAUUUUGAAUUUUGUAUGGUUUGUUAUCCCAUUUUGUAAUGUUACUGUUUUGCUAACGGUUGUGGUAUUCUUAUGAAUAAAAGUUGAU